AUGAAAUCUACUACUGUGCUCUUGACCUUCCCGGAUUCAUACGUUAUUAAAUGGUAUAGUUUUUUCAACCAAGAAUUGCAUGUUAACGUACUGUGCUGCUACGAAAUCUCAGCACAGACUGGACGCAUUGCUUGCCCUAUUUCUGAAAAGGUCACAAACCCUGUCAACGUGGUGAUGCCCCAGAAAGAUUUGCUUGAUGCCAACCUGAGUGACCUCGUGAGGAAAUCAAAUCACAGCAAAGAAACAGCUUCAUGUCGAUUCGAAAGUGGCUGGCAAGGGGUUUGGAGUUCAGACAUGAACAGCAACGAAAAGAUAAUCAUCAGCAACAACAUCAUCAGCAACAACAUCAACAGCAACAACUUCAUGAACAGCAACAAAAACAUCAGUAUCAGAGGUUUCUGCUAUCAACGAUACCAGCAAUAUUAUCUCAUUGAAAACAGAAUCUUUCUAGCAGUUGGCCAAGCAGCUGGCCCACCUGUUGGCCCAGCAAUGGGCCUAACAAUUGACCCAACAGUUGACUCAGCAAAAAAUUCUACCACUUUGGUAUUGUGA